AUGCUAGUCAGAACUUUCGUCACGCUGCUCCUUGUACCCACACUACAAUGCGAAAAUUUGUCCUCGAUUACCACUGCCAAGCCGAACCUGUGCAUGGAACUUAUCAAAGAAGGAGGACAGGUUGCAUGCACUCUCUCAGGAGAAGGAAAUUAUGACGGAAUGAGUGUCGGAAAUUGUUGGAUUUCUUGCACAAAAGGCUCCAAUAAGUUUUUGUUACCACAUAGAGAAUGUGACAGAAUAUUUGGAAUUGAAUCUUGGGACGGCUACCUGAAGUUAUUUGGUGAACUACCUCCGUACGAAUAUCAGUACUGCGACGAAGAAAAUGUUAAAAGGCUCGCACGUUGGGUUGAGGAAUGGAAGCGUUAUGCAAAAAACGCCAAGAAAAAUCUUUGCCACAAAGCGUAA